AUGUCAGGGAUGAACUCCAGCGCCGCCGCUCUGCCCAAAGACAGCUUUGCCAACGCUGUGACCAAGAACGUCAUGGCCGUGCUGGUGUGGCUGGCCAUCAGCGUGAUCAACGUCAGCAUGGUGCGGACCUUCCUGCAGCACAGAGCGUUCUACGAGAACCCCCGCUACAUCAUGUUCAUCUGCAUGGUGGUCAACGACGCCCUGCAGCUGAGUCUGGUCACGGCGCUCUACGUGGUCAGCUACGUCUUCAGGAAGAUCCCGGUGCUGGUCUGCUGCCCUCUGGUACGUCCUAAUGCAGUGAGGGGGGGUUCUGUGUGUGUGGGGGGGUUCUCUGGUUUAAAAGGUCCAGACCAGGGGUCUGCAGCCUGGGGCUCAGGAACCUCAUGUGACUCUUUCACCCUCCAUGUUGUUUUUGUCCCACAUUGUUCAAAAGUUUUCAUAGGAGAACAUCAGCUGAAUCCUGUUUGGCACAAGAAGUCUUUUAUUUUGAAAGGAAGUCAAAGUAAAAAAGCUUUUUCACAUUUUGAGAAAAAGCUCGUUUCGGUUCAUACUCAAGCAAAGAAGAAGAAUGAUUCCUUUUUCAUCUUAAAUGUGAAGGAAGUUGGAUCAGAAUCAGGUUCAGAAUCAGGAGGAGUUCGACCCAAACGGCUCUUCCACUGCUGGAAGAGCUCCGGUUCUCUGAUGAGACAGUCAUGCUGGUCGUCUCUCAGAGGUGUCGGUGGACACGGUCCCCGUCCUCAGCGUGUCCUCGUUUGUUCUCGUCAGAUCAUGGCGGCGGUGUUCACCACCCGCUCCACCCCUCUCAUCCUCGCCGGCAUGGCCGUGGAGCGCUUCGUCUCCAUCUGCUUUCCCCUCCACUACAGCCAGACGUGCACGGUGCGCCGCACGCUCCUCCUCAUCAGCAUCAUCCUCAUCCUCACGGCCGCCCCCCCUGCCACAGACCUCCUCAUCGGCACCCUCACAGAGCCCCCGACCUUCUUCCAAAGCGCCGUUUUCUGUGACCACUCGCUGCUCUUCCGCCACGCCUCCGUCUACUACAAGAACUGCGUGUUCGACGGGCUGUACCUGUCCUCCGUGGCCCUCACGCUGCUCUACACCUACUGCAGGAUCAUGCUGGCGGCGCGGGCCGCCUCCGCCGGCCUGGCCUCGGUCAACCGGGCCAGGAACACCGUCCUGCUGCACGGGGUGCAGGUGGGUGUCACGGGGGGGCGGCGGUCUCCAGUUUGCUCUGUUUCCUGUUUAAGUUUACAGUCGGGAUUCUUUCAAAUGCUAAGGCCGUGUCACUUCAUGUACUUCAUGUACGUACUGCACGGAGGAAGGGUCAUGGCGUGUACUUGUACUGUUCUGCCUUCCUCUAAGGCCCCAAGUGCUUCACAGUCUCAGUCCCGUUCACACGCUGGUGCCGAAUGCCAAGCUUCCACCAAAGGCAAGGCGGGGACACUUCAACGGGGAGGCAGGCAGGGUGGGAAUCGAACCCUCCGUACGAGGUCGACCGCCAUACCGCUCGAACCCAGAGGUGAGGUCAAAGUUGGUGCGGCCGGUUCUGACCCGGUCCUCUCCCGUCUGUUCCAGCUGAUGCUCUGCAUGCUGGCCUUCGUGGUUCCCUCCCUGCAGGCCGCUCUCAUCUCUCUCUUCCCGCUGCUGAUCCUGGAGAUCCGGUACAUCUUCUUCCUGCUGGUCUACAUCAUCCCUCGCUUCCUGAGCCCCGUGAUCUACGGCUGCAGGGACCAGCUCUUCAGGAAGUACUGGAUCCAGAACGUGUCCUGUCGGCGUCGCGGGGCGUCGAGGGUCCUGCCUGCGCUUAGGAGAGACGCCAAGCCUCCUUUUCCUCGGGUCUGCACUCAUCCUCUGUAGACGGUACUGGGCCGGCUGGUACCAGCUGCAUGUCGGGAAUCUUCUCAUUUUAUACACAAUAAAAAUCUGGUGAUCAUCCAAAGCUGCAUCUGCAUGGCGGUGAUCCAAAACUCUGUCCAGAACCCAGAGGUUCUGAGACGGCAGAUCCACAGAGGAAACCUCAGAAACCUUCAGGGUGGACUGACCCACCGAAAAACCGAAGGACUUCCUCACUGCAGGUCUACGAUCUUCUCUGGGCUUCAGCGAGGAACACACACAGACCUGCAUGAGGCCUGCAGCCGGAUGGUUCUGCAGAACAGAAGUCCAGCUCCUCAUCCUCUGCUGCCGUCAGAAUCCUCAGAGGUGGAACCGGUCUGCAGAUCAGAACCACAGAAACAAGUCAGACCGUUUCAACAUCAACAUUAAAAACACUAAACACAAACCAAGAGUGAGUCUGUCUUUACUUUGGCUGA